GACUCCGUGGUAAAGAGCGCGUAUUCCGAUUACCUAUCACGAUGUCGACGCGCAAGAAGAAGUCUAUAACAAGCCUGCAGCAGAUCUAUGAUUCAAUCAUGGAACUGCUAUUGAAGGUCAAGCCCAUGCUCGAUAACCCAAAGGAGAACUGGCGUGCUGCGGUUGAGGAUCUCAAUCAGGUAGCUUCUCUGGCAGAGUCAUUCUCGGACCAACGCCCAAGGUCGAGCAAGAGCUGGAGCCAUCUGGCCGACUCGCUGGAUCAGGAAGGUGUUAAUCUAUGGAACAUAUCGGGUUUGAUUGGAAAGUGCGAAGGGGACGAUGCUCGCGCCCAUCUUGCCGCCUUGAGACUUGCGGCGUUUCGCCUUGUCGAGGCAGGGUUGGAAACAAAGCCUGGGAUAGAAAGUCCGUUGUUCCUGUCCAUCGAUUACUAGGGUUUCCUACAAGGCGUCUCCUACAGGUCU